AUUUCUACUUGAGUCAAAGACACACUAAAAUGUAUGAUCCAGAUGUCAUGAUACAACCUGGUCAACCACGUCCAAGUAUUAUCAGUAGUAGUGGUCCGAUGCACUUUCCGAGUACAGUUCUACCAGAUUAUCAACGUCCUUCAUCUUUUGUGUAUAAAAGUCCAUCACAGAGUAAACCACCACCACCUAGCUAUCCUGGAGAGUCAAAUGAUUCAGCAGAUGUUGGAAAGCGUCCUCCUCUUUAUCCGAAUUUAAAUCAAGAUGGAUAUCUCAAUAAUAAUAAUAAUAAUUUUACAAAUGAGACUCCGCUGAAACAAUCGGCCUCCAUUGGUGGUGGUGAUGUUGGCGGUUCAGUGAAUGCUGCGGUGAAUUUAAGUCCUGUGGUGGAUAAAAGAAAUUCAGCCAGAUUUUCACAAGGACUGCAAUCGCCUAGUUGGACAGAUCAUCAUUACUACAAUACGCAUCAUUUCAAUUCGGAUGGAUUACCAACCUUCAAUUAUUCUGCAUAUUACCAUCAUCACCAAGAACAGCCUAUCAUAGACGAAACACACAUCAAUCAUUCAUUCCAUAUUGAUCCGUUAGGAGCAACACCAUCAUUUUCUACAACGUCUACAGGUAAUUCUGUUUCUUCAUCGUCAGUUGGGGCCGCUAACGCCGCCGCCACUGCUGCUGCGUUCACUUCCCGUUCCAGACUCAAAUCAAUCGCAUUCAUCUCACAGAUAAGCGCCUUCGGUCUAAAGAAUAAACGACGCUUUUCACAUUUAACACAAAAGUCAAUAAAAGUGAAAGAUAAAGUUCUCAGUAGUUCUAAAACAACAACAACAACAGCAACAGUAACAAGUAGAAAUAGUCAUCAUGGGAAAGGGAAACACUCCAGCGAUGGUCAAUCGAAUCCAUUAUCAGUAGCGGAAAUUUAUGGCAAUGAAUAUGAAGGCUAUUAUAAUGCUAAUAUGCAAUCAGAUAAUUUGGAUUUCAAUACAAUGGAAUCAUUGGAUAAUGAUUACUUUCUGUACAGUUUACAAGCAGCUAUAUUCCAUGGUCUUAUACCUUCCAGCCAAUCAAAUAACAAUAACAAUAAUAAUAAUAAUAGUAACAAUAACCAGUAUACUUUCCAUGAUACAGACAAAUUCCAAUUCCCAUAUACAAGAACAAGUAUUAUUCAUGAAGAGUUUGAUCCAUCCUUUGGAGAAGAUUUAGGCCUUGGCAAUAGUCGUGUCUCUUCCACGCUGAGUGCAUAUUCCUCGUCGAAUAGAAAUUCAAAGACACUAUCACCUGAUUUUAUGAAUCUGAGUAAUGCUAGUAGCAAUGCUAGUAAUAUGAGUAAUGCUCGGUUUAAAUUCCCACCACCUGGUCCCCCGGUUGCUGGUUGGGUUAAUCAGUUUAUUUUACACAGUGCUGCUACACCAGAAAAUACCAUGCUGACUACUACGAUACCACCGCCUCCAUCGACACGAAGUGAAAGGCGAUUGUCUCAUUCACAACAACAACAGAAGACGUCUUCAUCGUUAAUCAAUAGCCCAGUGAAUAAUUCAUCAGUUACAGUGAUUGACAUCGCUGAUUUGUCAAUGAAGACUUCUACCGCUGCUGCUGCUGCUGCUCUUGUUGGUACAAUGAAGUCAACUCCAGGGAACAGGUGUAUUUCAUCCGUACCACCGUCACCACAACACAUUCCAUUCCAGUAUGUUCAUUCUUCGCGUUCACUUGGCUUAACUUCUUCAAGUAUUAUACCAAGAAGACAUGCAGCUAAGAAAUAUUCUUUCCAGGAAUCACCUAUUAUAAGUAAUGCGAAAAAUUCACUUGUGAAUAAUCCACCAAAGUCAGAUUUAUUAGUAAAAUCGAAUAAUUCUUCGAUUGUUCUGACUAAUACAGCCGUGAAUAAUGACAGCGGAUUGUUUAUGUUAUUCAGCGACAACACUACUACCAAUACUACUAAUAAUGCUACUAACAAUGACGCCAACAAUCCUACCACGAACAACAAUAACAAUAAUACUAAUACUGGCAAUGAAGAUGACGAAAUGCCUAGCCAAUGUCAACAGAGUCCCAUUAGUUAUACCGACGGGAACUAUUGCGACAGUGGUUACCAUGAUUCAGUGAUUAUCGCUGAACAAUCUUUACUAUCCUCUCUGUCUGCAGAGCAUUCGCUAGAUUUACAAUUAUCUCCAGUAUUACUCAUAUCAGAAAAUCAAUCAAAAAUCGAUUUAUUGAAUAAUAAUAAUAGUAACAAUAAUAAUAAUGAUGAUGAUCGUAAUAAUAUUACCCCUGAUGAUGACAUAAUCCCACUAUCUAAUAAUGAUACAGACAACAAAUUCAGAAAUCAAUUAACAGAGGACAGUACUCAUACAAAUACCGCCAGUUUGAGUAAAAGUCUUCAGUUCACCUAUUCAAAAUUAGAUACACCAAAACCUCUACCGAUUUCAUCACCAACUUCACCAUUGAUAUCGUCAGCAUCCUCCUUGUCGAAUAAUUCAACAAGUACAAUGGCAAGUUCAACAAAUAGUAAUACUGUAAUGCUACUUCGGGAUAAUGCCGCUGACUUGACAACUGCGCAUACAUUUUUAUUUCCUCCACACAUAUUCUCCUCUAUGUUACCCUGGGACGCACGUUCAAGUUGUCGUUCUCCAUUUGGGUUCUACUGGAGAGUCUGUCUGGCGGAUGUUGUCGCUCAACCAUAUACUCAGACUUUCAAUCGAAAAUUAUACAAUUCAAAUCUGUCUGCUGCUGCUGCAUUAAAUAUUCCCAAUCAUUGUCUAACCAAUCCCAGUCAACUUGGUUAUCGUUCACCCAGUGAUCCAGAUGUAUUUCUCACCUUCUGUGAAGAUUCAGUGAGAAAAUCAGCCGGUAUAAGACAACCAAUUAAUCAUCAUUUACAUCAUGGCGAGAAUCAGCCUUCAUCAUCGUCACCGCCGAUACCGAUGCCGCCGCCACUGCCAACAUCUAACAUCACUUCUACACGUGGUAAUUUUGCUGCACCUAACGGUAUGAUGAAGCUUAUGAUGAUGAGCACUUUAUCAGAUUCUUUCAAAUAUCAUCUUACCCGACAGAAAUCAGAAGGUCAACUGCUAACAGAUCGUCAUGACUCGUUCGAUGAAGUUCUAUGGGAUUUACAACCAACUCCUUUAUAUUGA